GCGAAACUGAUCCAUGCAGUUCGCACUUCUAAUACAGUUUGCUACACGGGAGGGUUCGACGUGUUUUGAGUUUUUGAAGGACUCCGAACUUCACAUUCACAUUCACAACAACUGCGCGGUAAACCCGAUGACCUCAUUCAGCUGAAAGGCUAUUUUUUAAGAACAUCCAGGAGCACUGUGACACAGAUGCAGUUGGAGAAUGGCUGGCAAAUCAAGUGCAUGCAAAGUUCGGAAUGUGGAUAUCAACCCAUGCAUUGAGGAGAGUGAUGGUUCUCAAAAAUGUUUGGAUGCAUACAACUAUGAGAAGAGCAUGUGUUCUGCAUACUUCAUGAGGUAUAAAAACUGCAGGAAGUACUGGCAUGGCGUGAUGCUGCAGCGUAGGCGUGAUGGAGUAAAGCCUGAUAUGCCAACCGCUGAGGAGCGAGAGCAGAUCAUCACAGCCCUUGGAGGGAAGCCCUACUAAGCAGUUAGAACAUAAGUGUGUUCGGACUCAAUAAAACUGAAAUUUCUUGCAGAGGAGACGCACUACGAAUCUAUCCUUCUGGAUUUAUGAAAAUGUAUUUCAGUCCGGUGGGGAAAGAGAUUAAAUGUGUACUUGCAUAAUUUCAGCAAUUAUGUAGUUGUGUAACAACUAAUGCUGUGUUUGUAUGUAUGAUACGGUCAAUGGCAGACUAUUACAGCCUAAUUUAAUGUAUUCAGUUAUUAAAAAUAGAACACAUUUUUAAUAUG